AUGAACUGCAGUGAGAGCCAGCGGCUGCGCACCCUCCUCAGCCGCCUGCUGCUCGAGCUGCACCACCGGGGCAACGCCAGCGGCCUGGGCGCCGGCCCCGGCCCGAGCAUGGGCAUGGGGGUCGUGCCCGACCCGUUCGUGGGCCGCGAGGCGACCAGCGCCAAGGGCGACGACGCCUAUCUUUACAUCCUGCUCAUCAUGAUCUUCUACGCCUGCUUGGCCGGAGGCCUCAUCCUGGCCUACACCCGCUCCCGCAAGCUCGUCGAGGCCAAGGACGAGCCGGCCCAGGCCUGCGCGGCGCACGAGUGGGCCGCCGCCGACGCCGAGACUGCAGCCGGCUCGCCGGCCGCCGGCCGCCGCCAGCUCGCCCCCGGGGCGCCUACCACCCCGGCCACGGGCACGGAGGGGGUCUAG